CGUCGCCACCGCCAUUUUGGUCGGCUCGGCGCGGUGGGCGGAGGGAGGGUGUCUGCGGGUGCUGCCGCCAUUUUGUCGCGGCCAUUUGAGCGCGGCGGGGAGCGGGCGGAGGGCGCCGGAGUCAGCCCUACACCCCGCGCCACCCGUCGGGCAGCCCCACCGGAGACCUGGCGACCGUCUGCUUCGAUUCUCUUGAUCUGAAGAUGGCUGCACAGUCAGCACCGAAGGUUGUGCUAAAGAGCACCACCAAGAUGUCUCUGAACGAGCGCUUUACUAACAUGCUGAAGAACAAACAGCCGAUGCCAGUGAAUAUUCGGGCUACCAUGCAGCAGCAGCAGCAGCUAGCCAGUGCCAGAAACAGAAGACUGGCCCAGCAGAUGGAGAAUAGACCUUCUGUCCAGGCUGCUUUGAAGCUUAAACAGAAGAGCUUAAAGCAACGCCUGGGUAAGAGUAACAUCCAGGCACGACUGGGCCGGCCAGCGGGCCCCCUUGCUCGCGGAGCCAUGGGAGGAAGAGGACUGGCCAUGGGGCAGAGGGGCUUGCCACGAGGAGCCAUGCGUGGUGGCCGGGGAGCAAGAGCUCUGCUGAGAGGAGGAGUCCCGCUCCGAGGUCAGAGCCUGCUUCGUGGAGGACGAGGGAUAUCCCCCAGGAUGGGGCUGAGGAGAGGGGGCAUCAGGGGCCGUGGUGGCCCUGGAAGAGGUGGACUGGGCAGAGGCGCCAUGGGCCGCGGGGGACUUGGUGGCAGAGGUCGCGGCAUGGCGGGCCGGGGACGAGGGGGCUUCGGAGGCCGCGGCAGAGGUCGAGGCCGAGGAAGAGGAUCAGCACGUCCUGCCUUGACCAAGGAGCAGCUGGACAACCAGUUGGAUGCCUACAUGUCCAAAACGAAGGGACACCUGGACGCGGAGCUGGACGCUUACAUGGCCCAGACAGACCCGGAGACCAACGACUGAAGGUGGCGCCCAGAGACUCUUGGCCGCGGUCAGUGCGCGGUGGCGGUGCCCAGCAGCUAAAACACGGAAACCCUGAUCCACGCUUGGAAGGACCCGCAGGAACCGGGAGCGAACCCCGUUCUGCCGAGAGAGAUCAGCCUUUAUUGUGUUCCUUUACCGUUUUGAUACCGUUGUAUGAAACCCCUUUUAUUUUUGUUUUGUUUUUUUGGAUUGUUGGGUUUUUUUAUAUGUCUUUGUUGCUUUCCCGAAAAUACUCCAGACAAACGUUGACAGAGCUGGUGCGGUGAAUCCGUGCUGGCAUCGCGGUUUUGUGCCUCGUAAUCCUAUUUUUGGCAUUGACUCUGUCCCCAGGCGUCACCCACGGGCCAAAUUCAUGCCCGGGGUUCAAUUUAACCCACCUGAAUCCAAAAGUCAGCCCCUCCCAGCAGGGCGGAAAAUCCAGCCGGGUUUAGGUGGUGUUAAAUCUCCUUGUUUUGCCCCCAAACUCGUUUUGCAGAGCACUUCCCAGGUUGAAAACUUUCUCCGUUGGUUUGGUUUUUAGCUUAAAAAUUGGAAUUUCUUUGCUGUCGCGUUUUCGGGGGGGGGUGGCACCAGCGCUUUCCAUAUCUGCUGGAAAAUGGGUUUAUUGACCGGAAUGGGCAGCAGGAAAGACGAAAUUACAGUAUGGUAAAAAAAAAAACAAACCGGGGUCCAAAAAUCACCUCAUUCCCCGUCGGUGUAGCCCAAAAUGGCGUGGGACCGGCCACUGGCACUUGCCCCCGGCUUGGGGAUGGGGCCCUGUUCCCCCCCCCCCCCUCAUUUUCCUCCUGUUUUGAAGUUCUGCUGCUCUGUGAAACUUUCAGUGGAAUCUCGUCUUUCUGGUUUGGUGUAACAAAGGAGAAGUAAUGACAAAAGCA